AUGGCAGCUGAGGGCCCAGAGCAGGAGUUCAGAGACUGCGGCGCGACCGACACCAGCAGCUCCGCAUUCUCCUGUGGGGCCAGCAGCUCCUCUGUGGGGUCUGGCAGCCCCGUGUUGCUAGGCUCCCUCUUUGGAGACACCCCCAGUGCCCAGGUGUCGUGGCCUGAGGAGGAGGAAGAGGAGGAGUGCGAGGAGGAGGAGGAGCAGGAGGAGCAGGAUUUCUGCCCUGAGGAAGACAUCAUCCUGGUGAUCCAGCAGCACCUGCAGGGCAGAGCUGAGCACGUCCAUCGCUCUCUCCUGGCAAACAACCCCCAGGAGAGAGCCAGGGCCGUCCAGACCAGUGCGGCCCUGCUCCAGUUUGCCAUCUCCCUGCCUGGAUUUGACACCUCCUCCGCCUUCUCCAAGGCAGGUGAAUUCGUUCUGCAGCUGGGUCUCUGGAUAUCCCACCCAGCCAGUGAUAUCAGUCAGCAUGCCAGGGCUGGGAUAUACUGGCUUUACUGGCUCCUGCCGGAAGAGGGGGCUCAACACCAGCGAGGCCCCAGACUUGUGGCCUUUGGCGAGCUGUUCACAGAGGAGCAGAAAAGAUCUUUCCUCCAGGAGGGCCUGCUGGCCAUUCACCACCCCCUCCUCCGCGUCAGCCAGGCUGGCCUGGUGCUGACGUAUUCCAUCCUGGGGGAAGCCGGCCAGCUGCUAGAGGACGAGGAGGACAUCACAGCCUACAUAAAGAUCCAGCUGUUUAACAUCAGGGUCUUGGGCCAGGUGCCCGACGCCCUGCAGGGGCUGUGCUCCAUGGGGCAGCACUGA